AUGUUGGCCUCUACUAUCCGCAAUUGCGUGAAUCGACAGACUGGCUUCAAUGGUGGCGUUUCUCGCAGCAUCGCGGGGCUUGGGCGUCGAGGGGACUCAAAACAUCACCAUUUCCUUGUGUACGCUCCAGACAUGACCGACGGCGAAGCUACCCAGCGGCGAUUUGCAGUAAGGCCGAAACAUCUAGAAAAGGUUGCACCUCUCAUUCAGUCGAGUGUAAUAAAGGUCGCGGGCAUGACUAUCACGCCGGAAUCCAUCGCUGAAGGAGCAGAGAAAAAGCCCAAAGGGUCACUCCUGAUAUUUGAGGCAGAAUCACUUGAGGAAGUUAAGCAGAUCAUUGAGCGAGACAUCUACUUCACUGAGAAAGUGUGGGACGCCGAUAAAAUAACGAUAUUUCCGUUCCUCCCGUGCAUUUUUGCAAGCUAUUCGCAAAUGCAAGCCACAAUAGCAUUCCAUUGCAUCAGUGAGAAUACGCUUACGCUUCUCAGCCAAGGCCGCAUAUCGUCAAUAAUUUCAGACCAGAGUCUCUACAGCCUGACAAGUACAGAGCAAUAUUGCAAUGGUCCUUCUACAUUAUUAGAGGUGGUGAUCGUCGUUUUGGUUGCACUUGUCCCACCUCUCCCUCACAUAGAAAUGGACUGCACGCGAGUACCCAACCCUUCAAUCACGACAAAUUCACCACCUCGACGUUCAGAGAUCUCGAAUGUCAUGCACCGCAAACAAAGCAAGAAUUAUGGCGGAGCGACUAAUAGUGUCGCCAGCGGCGAAGACGAUCAUGGGAGCAGCAAGAACGUUAAGGGCGGCAGCCACAAGAACCUGGGCCAGUCGCCCGCAAUGUCGUCGGUGGUCGCCCCUUCCCUUGCCACUGUAGCUCCCCCUGCGCCGGAAUCACCUACCCCCGACUCCCCGCAACUAGGUACGACAUCAUCGACCACGCUCGUAACUCUACCACGAGCAUGCCUAUGUCAAGAAAUGGUUCUUCCCAUCCUUUGGGAAAUUCUCCCUGUGUCUCGAGCAGCCAAGCAGUCCAACGCGAACUUCAUCAACUACGCAUUGUCCUCGGUUCCAUCGCCGUUGCCUUAA